AGGGGUAACGUCGCUCUUAUCUCUGUGUGUGUGUGUGUGUUGUGUUUUUGAACUCAUUUGUUUAUAACUUUUGGAUUAUUCGUACAAUUCGCAAAAUGUGGGACUCUGACAGCAAGGAACCCUGCAACAUUUGCGAAUAUUCAAGAGCUAAGAAAAUGGUACAUUUUGACGGCAUGCAAGAGGACCUCUAUUUGGACAAAGAAAAUAUGCAAUCUUUCAGUUCGAUAAAAACCGACGAAUUGUCAAUGUAUGAAAACAACAGCCCUCUUGUUUUCACAGAGAACUCUCCUUCACAUUGCUCACAUGUAAACCGUCGUCCUCUGGAAGACCACGACUCAAAUUCGCAAGACUCAGGUUAUGGAGCUAGUUACACGGGAGACAAUGGCAAAUUUUUGUCUUAUGCAUCACCUACUACCACCAACUCCUUUGGAGCGAACUCCAUGUAUUCCAUGGAAGACGAAUAUUUGGACUUUUCUGAUGUCGAACCGCUAGAAAAGCCUAACAACUUGCCAGAGGAUUUCAACAAACUCAUAAAUGACCCUUUGGCACACAGUAGAGUUAAACCUCAAGAAAGAACAUCACCGAAAGAUACAAUCAUCAGACCGCUGUUUCGUAGAGCUCUUUCCCUGCAGUGUACUAACACCAAAAUUACUCCAGUCAGUAGCAGAGUACGUACAAGUUUGUUUAAAAGUGGCGAAUCAGAAAUUCGGUCCAGUAAAAGAUCAGAACCACCUACAGAAUUAGAAAUUAGCACAGGCAUCAAGCGCUCGAGGAUCUUCGAUGAGGAUGAAGCGGAUGAAGAAGAAGCCUCAGUUCCAGAAGCACAUCCUCCUUUACAACGUGCUUUUUCGGCCACAGAAGAAAGCAUAAUGUGUGCGUUACAAAGAUCCUCUACAGAACCAGACCUGAUCGGGGAUUUUACUAAAAUUUUUUCCUUGCCACUAACCCAGAGUCGUCACCAAGACUUGAAGGCUAUUACACCGAGUACAUUAGCCCAGCUAAUGAGAGGACAAUACCUAGAAACUAUAGCUUCCUUCAAGGUGAUCGAUUGUCGUUAUCCCUACGAGUUUAAUGGAGGACAUAUUGAUGGUGCUAUCAACAUCUACACCAAGGAACAAUGUAUAGAGCUGCUUGAUGCUAAACACGUGCCGUACGUCAGUUCCCUGAAGAGGCACAUUUUGGUGUUCCAUUGCGAGUUCUCUAGUGAACGUGGCCCUAAUUUAUAUCGUUACCUUCGCAAAGAAGAUCGUCAGAAGAAUGAAAAUGCUUAUCCAAAUUUGUUUUACCCGGAGAUCUAUCUUUUGGAAGGUGGAUACAAAAAUUUCUUCGAGCAGUACUCUGAAAUGUGCAUUCCGAUUGCUUAUAAAGAGAUGUUGCAUCCUGAUCACGAAGAUGAUCUGAGACAUUUCAGACAAAAGUCGAGGACAUGGAACAGUGAUUCUCGUCAUCGUCCCCACAGUGGAAGGAAUUGGAAGAGGUUGGGACUAAACUAAGCCUUUUUGAGCCAUCCUAACCUACAUAGUACAAAUGCUUUGUCAGAUGUGUGAACGGGUGUGUGCAUGCUAACGAUAAGUCAAUUUAUUGUACCUACUAUAUAUUGCAUCACAUUGGUGCGAUUACACGGAUUGUUUAAGACUUAGUCUUUUGUAAAUAAUUGUAUAUAAGAGUACCUUAUUGCUUAUCGCUCGUCAUUCAAUGAGAGAGCUAUUUUUUUGCAAUGCUACCACCAAAGUUUUCACAUAUAAUUUUAAAUAGUUGACUUUAAUGACUGUCUUGUGGUCACCUCAUUUUUUUUUCUUUAUGUGCAAUUAAUUUCGCAAUAAAAAUGUGAUGCGCCUCGUAUCAGUCCAUUUUUAUGUGCUGAUUGUAGUCUGCAAGUAUAUUUAUUUCAUUUAUUUUAGGAAUGUUUAGUUUAAUAUUUUUUGUACUUGGCAUAUUUUGAUGUGUUCUAAUUUAUAACUCAAGGAAUAUACAUUUAAUUUGUUAUGUGAUUUAUCCCUAUUUUACAGACUGAUAAAUUCCUUGUAUUUUAAAUUCUUAAUUAAGUUUAUGGUGAUAUAC